AUGGAAACCUGGUUUCCUCAGCAGGAAAAUAUUCAUGAUUGUCGACAGAAGGCUUCCAGGAAGAGACCUAGGGAUAAGAACUAUAAUGAUCAUGUUGUUAAGGGUACCAAAAGAGUAUCAGAACAAGAUUUUGCAAAAUCCCCUGUAAUAGAGAGAGCAGAACAGGUUCAAGCUAAUCUUUCAGCUGAAUUCCCUAGUUUCUUUAAGAUCAUGAUCCCAUCAGUGGUUUGCCGUGGGUUUUGGAUGUCAUUACCUAAGGAAUUUUGCCAACUGAAUCUGCCUAAUCAUGAUGCUACUGUAAUCUUGGUUGGUGAAACCGGAAAAGAAUACAGAAUCAAUUUUCUUGUUCAAAGGAAGGCUUUGAGUGGUGGGUGGAAAAGGUUUUCCAAAGAACAUGGUUUACUUGUUGGGGAUGCUUUAGUUUUCCAUUUGAUCAGGCCUUCCAAGUUUAAGGUAUAUAUUGUGAGAAUGAAUGGCUUAGAUGAAAUAGAUGCAGCUCUUGGCCUACUCAGAUUACAAAACAGUGCAAAUCAGACGGGCAUUUAUGAUGCAGGAAAGAACAAUUCAAGGCCUUUUUGCAAUGAUAUAAAUCAAUAUGAAGUCCAUAAGUAUGGCAGGUCUUUUCUUAGGGCUCAAGAAAACCAGUCAGAGAAUGGCACUUUGGAUGUUGGCUCCACUGAAGUGGAAGGCAUUAGGUUUACUAAGACUGUUAGCAUUGCAGAUGCCAUUAGAGCUUCCGAGAUUUCCACCCCGCGAUCUGGUUUUGUGCCGUGGGACAACGCUUUGAACAGCUUCGAUUUUCUAGGAACCGAUGUUGGUUCUUUACACAAAAGGGUACACCAUGUACUUAACCAUACUUUUGAAUCAAAACAGGAACUGAAAUUGAAGUACAAGGAAGCCAAACUCGAGAGAGCUUAUGCAGAACAAGAAACAAAGUCUCUCGAAUCGGAUCUUUCGGGGAAAAAAGAGGAAAUGCAAAGGCUGGAUGCUGAAAUAGAUGCUUUGACAGUGAAUGCCAAGAGAUAUGAACUAAUGUUUGAAGCAGCUGCUAAUGCUCCAUGGUGA